AUGAACAGACCCCACCGUCUUCUUCACAUCACAAGCCCACGAAAGGAGCUUCAUAUUUAAAAUUAAAAAAGAAAAAAAGAAAAAAGAGUAGCUGAUAAAAACACAAAGCAAGUUAAUUAAGAAAGCAAUUUAUCAUCGAUUUGGCAAAUGCAAUGAGUGUAGAUAUGUCGUCCAAUCUCCCCCCUUCUCAGCCCAGAGAUCUUUUCGCCUCUGCUCCAGCUCUCUCACUCUCUCUUGCUGGUAUUUUCCAAGGUGGCGGAGGCGAGGUGGAGGAGGGGGAGGGCGGGAUCGGCGGCGACGCGGUGGAGAUAAGCAGCGAGAAUUCCGGCGCCGGCAAGUCGCGGUCGGACGACGACUACGAGUUGGCGGCGGAGGGAUUAAUGGAUGAUGAAGAUGAAGAUGAAAAUGACGGCGGCGGCGGCAAGAAGAGGAAGAGGAAGAAAUAUCACAGACACACACCCCGACAGAUUCGAGAAAUGGAAGCAUUAUUUAAAGAGUCCCCUCACCCAGAUGAGAAGCAAAGGCUGGAGCUAAGCAAGCAAUUAGGGCUUCAUCCUAGGCAAGUGAAAUUCUGGUUUCAAAAUCGUCGAACGCAGAUUAAGGCUAUACAGGAACGUCAUGAAAACUCUUUAUUAAAAUCCGAAAUAGACAAACUCCGCGACGAAAAUAAAGCGCUGAGAGAAUCCAUCAAGACGCAGUCUUGCCUUAACAAGGAUGCUGCCGCUGCCGCUGCCACCACAACUGAAGGCCAGAAACUCAGACUAGAGAAUGCAAGGCUCAAAGCUGAGGUUGAAAAGCUUAAAUCAGUUAUAGGAAAACACCCCCAUGCUCAUGGAACAUCACCGAGAAGCUCGUCGCACUCUUCAGGAAACGAUCAAGAAAACCGUAGCUCGUUCGAGCUCUUCGCCGCGAAUUCCGGCCUUGAGAAAGCGCGCAUCAUGGAAGCUGUGAGCAGAGCCGCGGACGAGCUGAGGAAGAUGGCCAGCCACGGGGAGCCGCUGUGGAUACGGAGCUACGAGACGGGGCGUGACAUACUCAACUACGACGAGUAUAGAAAAGACUUCUGCGCUGCAGAGGAUCACAACAGCACGCAGCCAAGGAAGAAAUCAUCAGUAGAGGCCUCAAGAGAGACUGCACUCGUCUUUGUCGAUCUCCCUUGGCUCGUCCAGACGUUCAUGGACGCGAAUCAGUGGAAGGAGUUGUUUCCUUGCUUGAUCUCGAAGGCAGCUACAGUCGAUGUCAUUUGCAACGGAGAGGGCCCCAACAGAGACGGUGCCGCUCACUUGAUGUUUGCCGAGAUCCAAAUGCUGACCCCGUUGGUCGCCACGAGAGAGGUGUAUUUCGUCCGAUACAGCAAGCAGAUAAGCGCAAACCAGUGGGCAAUAGCUGAUGUCUCGGUUGACGGAGGCGAGGACAGGACAGACACAUCUCCGCACAGGUGCAGGAAGCGUCCAUCGGGUUGCAUCAUCGAGGACAAAUCCAACGGCCACUGUAAGGUAACUUGGGUAGAGCACGUCGAGUGCCAGAGAAGCACGGUUCACUCUCUGUAUCGGACCAUAGUCAACAGCGGGCUAGGAUUCGGCGCGAAGCACUGGCUCUCCACAUUGCAGCAGCAGUGCGACCGCCUCGUUUUCCUCGUGGCUACGAAUGUUCCUGUAAAAGAUUCAAGUGGUAAAAUGAGCGUUGCUACACUUGCUGGGAGAAAAAGCAUAUUGAAACUAGCACAGAGAAUGAGCAGAAGUUUCUGCAGAGCGUUAGGCGACUCGAGCUUCAAUUCGUGGAACAAAAUCACCAGCAAAACCGGAGAGGAAAUCAGGGUGGCAACGAGGAAGAACCACAACGACCCCGGGGAGCCUCUUGGCACGAUCUUGUCUGCCGUUGCUAGUGUCUGGCUCCCCGUCCCUCACCACGUCCUCUUCGACUUCCUAAGAGACGAGAAUCGUAGAAACGAGUGGGACAUAAUGUCUAAAGGAAGCACAGUGCAAACCAUUGCAAACCUAGCCAAAGGGCAAGACCGAGGAAACGCAGUCACAACCAUGGCAAUGCAGAACGAAGAGCACAAGAUGUGGGUGCUCCAAGAUAGCAGCACCAACGCCUACGAGUCAAUGAUCAUCUACGCCCCCGUGGACAUCAAAGGGAUGCAGUCAGUGAUUACGGGCUGCGACUCAAGCAACAUAGCAGUGCUGCCCUCCGGCUUCUCGAUCCUUCCAGAUGGGAUCGAGUCGAGGCCGCUGGUGAUCACAUCCAGGCCGGAGGAGAAGAGCGCAGAAGGAGGGUCCUUGCUUACCAUGGCAUUCCAGAUACUAAUCAGCAAUGCAUCAGCAACAAAACUCUCUUUGGAUUCAGUGGAAUCGGUUAACAUCCUCAUAUCUUGCACGCUGCAGAAUAUAAAGACCACUCUGCAGUGUGAAGAUUGAAGCCAUUUUUUUUUUUCAUUUAGUUAUUAUCAGUCAGAACAGAGUAGUACUAGCAUUCUUUUUAAUCUGUUCUAAAAGGGAACAAAUAGGGAAUGUAUUUUUGCCAUAACUAGCAAGCUACUAAGAAGAUAGACUACACUACUUUUUGUGUGAAAUUGUACAUUUAUGAAGAUUUUGAUAGCUUAGAAACAUCAUCCCAUGCUUCUGUUUCCAUUUUUUUUUUUUAUUCUUCUGAUUGGUAUGAUAUUAAGGGCAAAUUGACGUCGUUGAAUGUGUCUAGUUUGCUACUAAUCCAAAAAUGAUGUUAUUAUUGCAAUGUGUCUAUUUUUAAUCCCUUGUGUUUUUAGUCCUAUCUAUCUUGUAAUAACACUUGGAGCUUCACUUGAAAAAAAUUGCCAAAAAUCAAGAAUUUGCAAUCAUGGAAUUAGUUAUGUUGCAAUUAAAAAUUCUAAAAGACAUUUCAUCACAUGAUUCCCAAUCAAACUCCCCCAAAAUCAGAGCAAUCCAUCAUAAACUCCCACAGAUCAAAAUUCAACAUAACAAACACUGAAAACCACACUACAUUAACAGAAGAUAUAAUUUCCAAAUACAGCAAUUAGAUUCCUCGCAGCCUCAAAAAACAAAAAAUUCUUACAAUUUAAAAAACAAAUUUCAAACUUGGUUCAACUCGGAUUCCAAAGGAAUCCCGAGGCCCUGCGGCGGCGCGUCGUCCUUGGACUUGGGGGCGGGGCGGGGGGGGACAGGGACAGCCCAGAAGGUCUUGUUCUUGCUGACGGGGCGGCCCUUCUCGAGCUGGACGACGUCGCCGACUUUGAACUGGUUCAAGGGGUCGUGGGCCUGGUAUUUCUUCUUCUUCCUCACGCGCCGCUUGUACUUUGGGUGUGGGGCCAGGCGCGUCACCUCCACGGCCACCGUCUUGUCGCUGGCGGCGCACACCACUCUGCCUUGCAGCGUCCUCAUUGCCUUGAUCACGGGGCGCGCCGCCGCGGGAGGUGGAGCGGCGGCGGCGGCGGCGGGCCUCAAGGGGGCAUGGAGGAAGGGGGUGGUGAGGGAGAGGGAUUUGAAUUGGGAUGUUAGAAGCAUUGUUGAUUGAUUUUUUUCU